AAUGCAUUGAGUGCCCGCAGCGCGGCGAGGCGGGGCGUUACGGUACGAAAUGGAGCUGCGCGCCUCCAGCCGCCAUUACGGUGUGACGGGCCGCCGUUCUCGAGAGAGCUGGGCAGGAGUUCGCGUGAGAUCUCGGCGGCGGGGCGAGGAGGGAGAUCCAAGCGGGGCAGCGGUGAGCUAUGGAGGACUUGGAAGGUAAUACCACCGUCUUCUCCACUCUGAGAUCCUUCAACAACUUCAUUUCACAGCGUAUGGAGGGGGUGUCCGGGCAGGCUGUGCCAGCAUCGUCUCAGAGCUCCUUGCAGCUUCAGUACCAGCAGAGGGUGCAGUUGGAAGAAGAAGCUGGGCAGAUCCAUUCCAAAUCGCAGCUCCUGCAGGUGGAACGGGAGAAGAUGCAGAUGGAGCUUAGCCACAAACGAGCUCGCAUUGAGUUGGAGAAGGCUGCUAACACUAAUGCCAGAAACUAUGAGAGAGAGGCUGACCGUAACCAGGAGCUGCUCACACGCUUAAAGCAGUAUCAGGAAAGGGAAACAGAAGCUGAAAAUAAGCUGAAGGAGCAAAUGGAGGUGAACAAAUCCUAUAAGAAGAGUAUGGAGACCAUGAGUAAGAAACUGCAAGAGAAGGAGAGCAAAUUAGCUGAAGCUAAUGAAACAAUCACUAUAUUAAAAGGCAAAAUAUCUGAUCUACAAUGGAAUAUAAUGAAUCAGGAGAUGCAGAUGACAAGCCAAGACUCACAGAAGCAGGAGCUGAUGGAACAGCUGGAUGUUCAACAUAAGAAAUGGCAAGAGGCUACUCAGCAAAUCCAGACAUUGCAAGCGAGCCAGUCCCUACUGGCAGAAUAUGAACAGAAGAUUAAGGAUCUGGAACAGAAGAUCUCUCAGCAGGAACAUGAUGCUGUUAUUGUCAAGAACAUGAAGGCAGAACUGGCCCGUUUCCCAAAACUGGAGCGGGAGCUGCGGCAGCUUAGGGAGGAAAAUGCGUAUUUCAGGGAAAUGAAAGAAAACAAUGGAUUGCUUAAAGAAGAAGUAGAAGGUCUCCAAAGAAAAUUGGAACGCUAUGAGAAAGUCCAAGCACAGUUAGUGACUGCUGAGUUGGAAAAUGAGAAACUUCUGGGAAAACUAAAAAGCUGGGAGAAACUGGACCAGAGCACUGGCUUGAAUAUCAGGACACCUGAAGAUCUCUCAAGGCAAAUUGUGGCCCUGCAGCAAAGGGAGCUCAUGCUGAAAGAGCAGAACUCUACCAUCACAAACAGUGCCCGAAUACUGGAGAAGGCCCGGCAGCAGCUGCAGGAGGAAAUUCUACAGGUCCAGAGCCAGCUCUUGGAUGAGAAGAAGAAGCGUGAGCAGCACGAGGCCCUGGUCAGACGGCUGCAGAAACGUGUGCUGCUGCUCACCAAGGAGCGUGAUGGGAUGCGAGCAAUCCUGGAGUCGUAUGACAGCGAGCUGACCCCUGCAGAGCACUCCCCACAGCUGAACCGGCGCAUGCGGGAGGCUGAGGAGAUGGUGCAGAAGCUUCACACUCAUAACGCCGAGCUGGAGGUUCAGAUGUCUCAAGUUCUGGAAGAAGUAGGAAAUCAGAAGCAAAGAGCAGAGAUGCUGGAGGUGGAGAUGAAGGUCCUGAAGUCUCGAGAGUGCACCGCAGAGCAGAGUACCUUCAUCACCAAGGAGGAGGUUGACACACUCAGGCUGAAGAUUGAGGAGCUGGAAGCUGAACGCAGCAAGCUGGAAGAGCAGAACAGAUAUCUGGAAAUGAAACUGGAGAAGUUAACUAUGCAGGGCGACUAUGACCCCAGCAAAACCAAAGUGCUUCAUUUCAGCAUGAACCCAGCAAGCCUGGCCAAGCAGCAGCGCAAGGAGGAGCAGCAGCAGCUGCAGGAGGAAUGCGAGAGGCUGAGGGAGCUGGUGAGGGUGCUCGAAGCUGGCGGCUCCAUCCAUGGGAAUCUGGAAGGAGUUGGGAGCUUUCAGUCACCGCAGGAAGUUGCAGAGCUGAAGAAGCAAGUGGAAAGCGCAGAACUAAAAAACCAGCGCCUGAAGGAGAUCUUUCAGACCAAAAUCCAGGAGUUUCGCAAGGUCUGUUACACACUCACUGGGUACCAGAUCGACAUCACCACUGAGAACCAGUAUCGACUCACCUCCAUUUACGCCGAGCACCAAGGAGACUGCCUGCUCUUCAAGAUGGCCAAUGCUGUGCAUGCACAGCUGCCACAUUCCUGGUCUGUGGGGUUGGUGCAAGCUGUCUCUGCUGACUGUGAGGCUGCAGGAUGGGAGAGAACAAGGCCUGAACCGCAGCCAAUGCACCAGACCUUUCUGCUCUGCUCUGGGCUCCUUCCUGCCUCUCUCAGAGAGCACACAGAUAUAUUGUUUUUUUAAUUAAAAGUAUUAUGUAGCAGAAGAUUAAUUAGAAAUGAAAGUGAUUAUUUAUCUUUUUUAUCCCUUUGCUUUAUGGCAGUGGAAAAGGCCCAUGCCAGGCAACUGCUUGAAGGAGCUGGAACUUCUCCCGUUAAUGGAUUCCAGGCAGUUUGCCUCUGGACAGCUCUUAUAAAUAAUGAACUGCUUGCACAGAUUGAGGCAGUGCAGGUGGUCUUCAUUCCAACCAACCAAGAUAAAUCCAGAGGCUGUAGGGCGUUCCCAUCCUCAGCCCCGUGCAAACAAGGCAGUUCCUCCCCAUUCCCUUUCCCCUUCUCUGUGCACAGAUCAGGGGAGCACCUAUGGCUGUGGGUUUGUACCACUUCCCAUUGCACAUAACUGUUAUAUUAACCCGCAGAAAUGAGGAUUUGUUUCAAUGGGUGCUCCACAGAGCCCGUCCUAGAGGAGAAAUCCUCUCCCAGAACGAAAACUAUUCUUGACUUAAAAGCACCCAGGAGUGUUUAUACAGUGUGGGGACUUAAAAGCAGCCCACCCUGAUGCAGGGAUGAAUUUCAGCCUGGAGGAGGCUGACAUAGCCUGAGGGCUCCUCUUCAUGUUGUGCCGCUUGCCCCGUUUAUUUCCUUCUCAUUAAAACUGAAGCGUUGACUGCAGGAAGAUGAAGGUGAAGGUCCCCAGCUGCAGAGAGCUCCUGUGGUCAUCAGCCACCUGGUCCAGAGAGAGGCUGGGGACUGCUCCAAGAGCCUUUUCUGUGCCUCUAAAUACAGCAGCUAAUGACACCUUCCGCUCAGCGGGAAGAAAACAGAAUUACUAAACUUGCAAUUUGGCACAGUGGGAGUGUGAGUUUGUCCUGCCAGUUUCUUGUUGCUAUAUAUUUCCAAGACUUCCUUUUUUUUCGCUCUUCCAAGCAGGUAGAAUUCAGAUCGGGGUUCCUUUUAAGGAUUCAAAUUAUGCAUAUGGGAAGUGUGGCCUGAAAUGGAAGAAAUUAAUGGCUGCUUGUAAGUCCUGUGGCACAAAGAGGAGAGCGUGCAGGUUGUCUGGGAACUGCCACAUGCGUUGGCCUUAUGAGUAAUGUGUAGUGAUGUCCCAAUAGGAGCCGUGUCCCCUGUAAAAUGUUGAAGGAGAUGUAUAUAUUUCCAUAUAAUUUUAAUCACUUUGAUUUAUGGUUUAACUUUGUACUAGGGAGGCUGCAUAGAGGUUCCAGGAGAAUAUUAUUUUAAAUGGCUUUGGGGGCAAAAGAAAGGAAAUUACUGAAGGCAAGGUUAGAAACAGCUGAUCACUUCCAGUUGAGCAAGUUUUACAGUCAUGUGCUAUGAUAAUUGAAGGUUUGAUGUUAAAUGCUACAGAUCUGUGCUGGAGAAGGAAAUAGUCUCCAGCCAGAGAUUGCUGCGGUCUUUUACUGCCAGUAUGGGGAAGGGGAAUGUCUGUAGGGCAUGAGGUGACAUUUGUGAGGAAGGGUGAGGAGCAACAAAGACAUCUUAACAAGACCUGGCUGGUUUUGGAUGGGGUGUAUUUUCUACAGGAAAAUCUGUGCAUACGAUACAUCUCCAAGGGUCAUGAAGACCCAUCCUGAAGAUGCUGAAGAUAUUUAGAGGAGUCAGAUGCAUUUCUCCAGCGAUGCCUGUAAGGAACCUGUUGAGCACUGCUUGUCCAGGGUCCGCUAGGGCAGCAUAGGUUCAAAACCUGCACAAAUAUGUUAUGAAGACGUUGAACUGUCUGCCUUUCCAGUUUUCCUUCUACAUCUCUAUAUGCUGUUGCCCAAAAUCUGUGCUCUAGAACCAAUCACCAAUUUAGACCAGUGAGAUACAUACAAGCCUAAUUUCUACAACCAGCGCCAAAGUGCUCAGGGCAAGUAGGUGGAUUGUUUCUGGAGCCAUGACUUUCUUUCAGUGUUCCUAUCAACUAUUUUCCAGUCAAAAGAGGUCAAACAUUCUCCUGGGUAGGGACUUAUUGAGCACAGAACUUACUAUUAGGGCAGCACUGUAUCUUGUAAUUAGAGAUAUAAUUUCCGUCUCUGUGGAGAGUCAGCCUAUUGCCUGGGUACCAUUUAAGAGUUUCACAAGAUGAAUUAAGCAAGGAUGGGUUGAGCAAUACGAUGAAUUUCAAUGGAGAUGGUUUGCCUGAAGUCCUACAGGAGUUUCAGACAAGUUGAAAAGGAAAUACUUGUCCUCAUCUUCCUUCCCGUUCUCCUUCAGAGUCAGCAAUAACAAUUGCAUUGUUUGGGGUGUUGUGCAGGUGUGGCAAAGCUGGGUGAAUCUCUCAAUUCUUUUCUUGUCUUACACUCAAGUAUAAAGAUUUUUUGCUUGCGAAGGACCUGUCUCAGAAACUGGUUGUUGCAGUAUAUCUGAAGCAUCAGAUUUUGGCAAGCUUCAAAGUAUGAUGUAAGAGAUUCUUACUUAAUUUAGCACUUCGUUAACUUCAAUUCCCCCCUCCCCCUUACCUACAUGGAUGGUAGUAGUGCUUAUGAUAUUCCACAGGGAGUUCAGUGCUUUAUAUGCUUUGUAUAAAGUCAUUUACGUAAGUGGGGUAUAAAUCAAUCAAACAUGAGGAAAAAAAAAAAAGGGAAAGCAAUCAACUGUGGACUUGAAAGAAGGAAGAGGUGAAAGACCGAAAGAAAAGAAGGACAGGGAUGAUGAAUGGAGAAGAAAAAUAGAAACAAAUCUGCCAUGCAAAAAAGAAAGGAGAAAAGAGGGAAAGAACAGAAGAGAGAGAGGAAAAGCAAAGGAAGACCAGAGGUUUAAGUUAAUACAAUGCAUUCUUCUCUGUAAUUAUAUUCAUUUGAUGUAAAUUCGUGCCAGCCGCUUUACAGCAGUGUUAAUGAGCUGGAGGAAGCAAGAGCUGAUACCCACAGCGGAGCAGAAGAUAGGACUCGGAUCGAAUCUCUGCUUCUCUCGGUAGGCAUGAGAUAUAUUUAGCAUCAGAGCACGCUGCUAUCGUGUGCCUUCAGUCUUAUGCUGAGUCUUUUGAAUGAAGAUCUCAAAGCACAUCGUUACUUUGGAGGCAAUAUUUCCUGAAUUCCGACAGUCUCAGUUUCUGGGAUCAGCAGUUGCCAGUUGUUGCUGUGUUCAUGUUUUCAUAGUGCAGUUGUCACGGAGGGGGCUGGCUCAGGGCUCUGCUGAGCUGGGCAGUCCUGCUGUCUUCAUUGAAUUCCUGGUCUGCAGCUUUCUUUGGAAGGUGCUUUGCUACUACCAGGUGUGAGGCUUGUGCAUUCCAUCUCAGUAGAACGGAAUGAAUUCAUUUGACAAGUGGAGAACGUUGCAUCUGCAGGUUUGCAUUUGCCUUCCUUGCAUUCAUGCAUCGCCCUCCAGGCAGAUGAUGGUCUCGUUGCCCUCGUGCCACCUCAGUCCUGUUAAUACUGUCACUCUAAUGGUGCACAAAGUGCUGAGGAGCCAUGGACUGCACUUGUGAUUUCUCAUCAGGGUGGCUUGCGUUCCUUCAUCCUUAAAAAACACUGUAGGUUUUACUGGAAAAAGGGGAAGGGAAAAAUCCCUGUAUUCCCAGAGAUUACAGAAAAUUUAUGUUCCACGUGUGUGGCUGAUAGAAAUGGAAAGCUUGUGUGUUCUUGGGCUGCUUAUUAUCAAUAGGUAGGAAAAAACGCCCGGGGCUGAUGCACACCAGCUCCUUUGCUCCUUGAUUGCUCUGGAGCUUAUUGCAGCUGCCUGGCUUUAAGGGAGCCUGAGAUACUGUAGGUGUCAGAUAGGAGAUGGCUGGUCACGGUCCCCGUUAGGAGACCUGGUUGUCCUUGGUGGCUUUCAGCUGCCUUUGGGAAGUGGCAGCCAUACCUGGGAGCUAUGGGGCUACUGCCCUCGCAGGUCUAACUGCUAAGCGUUGUUAGGGAAGGCAGAAUGGUAGGCUUCUUUUUGGCAAGAAGGAUGGGAAUAUUCUCCCAGCUAAAUAAAACUGUAAGUUUGGGGCACAAUUGACCCAUUUAUUCUCACAAUUGUACAACAGCUUUGUAGGUGGUAAUGACUUCUGUCAGCUUCUUUUAUUUUAUUUGUCGCUUUGAACUACCAGCUUAUAGAAGAACCACGGGCUCCUUGUUGGUAGAAAGAUGGCUUUAAGUUGCUGAAUCAUUACAAGCAUCAUAAUGCAGAGGGAUCUAAUCUUUUUAUCCAGGGCUUGCUUUGGGCUCUGCUUUCCCUUAGGACCUGAGUCUUGAAGAAGGAACAAGAAAAUUAGCCCUAAAAAGAUGGUUUGGCUCGAUGUGAAGCAAUCCUCCGUGCACUCCACCUUUCUGAAGGCUGCUGCUUGCAGUGCUGGAAUGUUAGUCUGGAAAAUAUGAGAAAGAUCUGGAGAAACACUCAGGUUGUCACAAGGGCACAGAGGGCACCUCCCAGUGUUGAACAUUUACAGGAAUACGUUGUAUGUAGUAAUCAAGACUGUGGAUAAUUAUGUUUUGCAAUGAAAUCUGUGAACAUCUGUUCCUAUUCUGUGCCAAGUCCCCAACUCAGGAUUCCAUGUUGACUCCACAGCAGUCGGAAAGCACAUUUGCCCCCUAAAGUAAGGGGAGGUUGCAAGGUAGGAUGGCCAUUGACUAUUGAUAUUCAGUAAUUAACAGUUCCACUGGUGCUGUGUGUGUACUUGGUGUGGGACAACUGCUGCUGCCCCUUUGCAAUCCAAAAGGAAAACCAAAAAGACUUUCAUUGCCUUUAGCAGAAGUUUGAAAGUCUGAUGGAAUUCUGUGCUAUAAAUGUUUAUCUUUGGGAUCCCUGUUUUUUUUUCCCCCACUGGGAGAGCUCUUGGGUGAUGGUAGGGAUCCCAUAGCUGCUACAGCUUUUCUUCUAGCAGUCACUGAGAAGUGGUGCUUGAUGGACAGCAUGUUGAAGGGGAGGAGCAUGCAUCUUUUCUGCCUUCUGCUUUAGCCUUUUGCAAUGCCCUUUGAAAGAGAACAGUGGAAACAAUCAAGUACCCAUCUUUUCUGAGUGUUUUAUCACACAUGAUAGAAGUCCCAGCUGGUGG